UUUAUCAUGGAAGUUGACUCAAUACAUGAAAUAAAUCAUGAAGAACUAUUUCAAGAUUGUAUCGACACAAAUAUUAAAGAUUUUGAUGAUAUUAUUCAAGAAAAUGAAUUACGCAAUAAUAUCACCUUUAAGAAAAAUAAUUCUCCUAAUUGGAUAGUUGCCUCAUUGAAUGGUGUUUUUAUGUGGAUACAAAAACAUUUAAACAGAUUUUUCAAAUUUGAUCAAAAUUUGUCAACUAAACAGCUUAAAAAUCAAAUAAAUGAGCUAGAAAAAACACUUACCAAAACAAUACAGGAAAACCAAUCUAGCCAACAAAAGAAGCAACUAGAAAUCACUAAAUUAAAUGAUUUGAACAACUAUCUUAAAAAUGUGCUUUCAACAAAUGCAUCCGAAUUGGAUGAAAAAGAAGACAUUUAUAAAAAUAUAAUAAAAAGCUUAGAUAAAAAAAAUGUAAAACUCAAUGAAGAAAAUAUUAGCUUACAGCUUGAAACUGCAAGUAAAAUGUCUGAAAUGAAGAUAUUAAAAGAUAAAAUACAUGACUUUCAGUCUAAAGAACAGAAAUUGAAUCAACAACUAAGAGAUGUUAUGAAUAAAUAUAAAAUUUUAGAACAAAUGUUAAGUGCAACUAUUGAUAUUACUGUAAAAUUAGAAGAAGACGGCAGAAAAAAAAAUGAUGAAUUAAUAUCUUGUGAAAAUAAGAACAGUGUUUUAAUGGUUUUAGAACUUCAAAAACAACUUAAAAAAUAUAAACAAAAAUACCAUAAUACUUCAAAAGACUAUGAAAAUUUUAAAAUUAAACUAAAAAUACAAUUAGAAAAAACAGUAAAAGAAAUAAAAAUAUAUAAUGCUUCCUUAUUAAGUAAAUUAAAAAGUGGCAUUAAGGUUUUUAAACUUCUAGAAGAAUAAAACAAAGUUAAUCCAGUUUAAUUAUUACUUUGAAGGAAGACAAUGCAAAAUUAACAAAAAAAAAAGCAUUACAAAAGGAAGUGAUAGAUUUUCAAAACUAUGCUAAAUUUUUAAAUAAUAAAUUCAGCGAAAAAGAAAAUACAAUGAUUUUCUGUAAAACUUAAUUCUUAAUUUGCCAAAAAAAAAUACUAUGGAUCAUCUGUUAAGAUUUGAUAAGUACCAUUUACUUAAAUUUGUUUUAUUAACUAUUUGUAUUUAUUUUUUACUUUAAUUUAAAAUGAAUAUUAUUUUGUCUAAGUUUAUAAUUUAUAAAUA